ACGGUCAGGGGAAGCUGUUGUGUUUGUGGAAGGAAGAGUUGGGCCUGUGGGGGACUCUCUGGGCGGUUCGAGUGUGUCCUGGUUCACUGUUGUAUUGUAUAUCCGUAUUAAAGCUACCAAAGCUUGAAUAAACCUCGCAAGCGAGCGGGCUUGCUUCUUUCAUGCCGUAAUCGGCUUCUAUCCGCACGGAAAACUCCUUCCCGAGCCUGAAGCCACUUCCACCCGGCCGACGGCGCGUAUACCUUGCACCGCAGCGGGACACGACCGAAAUACCGAGCGUCCGGAGGCUGGCAGGAGCAUUUUCAUCUGCUAAGAUGUCCUCCGAUGAAGAGAGGACUUCCAGCCCAGUAUUGCCUAAAGAUUCAGAUCGUGGUAGUUCAGUGUCUUCUGAGCUACAGGAGGAAUAUGAAGAGCUCCUACGUUACGCAGUGGUAACUCCAAAGUGGGAUUCUAGUGGCCUCAGACAAUCUCAUUCCAUGACUAAACCUGCAGCAUGUGACAAAGACUUAAGUGCAGUAGAAGCAGGCACUUCAUCAGAACAGAGGAGGCAUGAAGGACAACAGACUGCAAGCAUAACGUUGGUCCCUGAAAAAUCUGAUUCAGCAAAAAAAGAAAAAUCAUCAGAAGGCCAGGAAGUUGACCAGAAGAUAACUAUUUCACCAGCAUCAAAUACAGUUUUGCCUUUGGAAGGUCUUGUUUAUUCUGAAAGAACCCCUUCACAUGUGUCAGUAUCCAGAACAUCCGCGAUGUCUCGAUCAGUAGGUCAGUUGUCGAUUCCAGCUGAAAAUCUGGAUAAGGUAGAAAAUAUACUCAACACAGCAAGCGACCAACUCAAGGCCAAUAUUCUUUCUGAAAUUCGCCAGUGGAGACUUUCAGUUAUUGAACAGCAUAAAAAGGAGUUGAAAGAAGAAAAAGAGAAGCAUGAAGCUCAAAUUGCACAAAUGGCCUGCCAGACCCAGAACUUAAACCAGCUAGUUUGUACUUAUGAGGAUUCAGUUCGAAGAAAAGAUGAGGUAAUUUCUAAUUUGAUCCAAGGACUUAAGAAUCUAAAAGAGAAGAUAGAAUUGAUGCGUAGAUUUACACAGUGGCGACUUCAACAUUCAGAGGCAAAAGCAGAAGAUUAUGCCAAUAUUCUGGCCAACAAGCAUUACAAUUUCUGUCUGAUGAGAAAGGUGUGUACAGCUUGGAAAUCGGUAAUGCAAACAGAAUGGAAAACAAGAGUAGAAAAAGCAUGUCAAGCUCGAGCUGAAGAGGUCUGUAUCCAGCUCUCGAGGGACUAUGAGAGAAAGCUUGAUGCAUCAAAAGAGGAGCUGGAAGGUGCAAGAGCAGAGAUACGGCGAUUGUUAGCUGAGAAGGACAAGUAUACUGAUUCAAUGAAGACAUUCAUGCGUGGUGUAUGUUGCUCUCACCUGGAGGCAAUGAGCAUGUUUCAGAAUGGAAGCAGAAGAGUGGAACAUGCAGAGUCUAUACAUGGAAGAGAUGAUUUGGAUUGCUCUCCUUCUGCCUCUGCACCCCAGCCAUCAGUUUGUCCUGUUCCAACAACCCUGGAUCCUUCGAUUCCCUUUGAAUCUGAUCGGAUGAUUACUUUACAUUUUGGUUCAACAAAUGUUUCCCAGACAAGAUCAGGAGGAACAUCUACUCCUCUAGCUACCACCACAGUGACGACAUCUUCGGCUUUAGGGUUCCAAUCGGCCCAGAAACUGCCUGUGACUAAAUGUGCAAGUUCUGCACAGCAAAAAACUGGGAAAACCAUAGUGGCGCGUCUCACAGGGCAACCUGACCCAUCCCCACGAGGGUUUAAAGGUGGAUCCAGCCAGGGAGUGUCUCCUCCAAUGACUACGAUCUGUGUGGAAAGGCAUCAUCCUGUUACACAGCAAACCAUAGGCCAAGCGACUGCAGCCAAGUAUCCUCGAUCAAGUCAACCCCAGUCAGCCACUGGGGGGAAAGUCUCUGCACUGAAUGCAAAAUCACCCACAGUCAGCUGUGGCAUCCAGUCAAUAAAGGUUGUAGACUGAAUCCCUCA